CACCCACUCCCGUCUGCGAGUGUCCAGCAACCCCGAGACUCCCCUGCAACCACUAGUCUGCUAGAGACCUCACGGAAUAGACAUUAGACUUUCCUGCCACUCAGAAGCAUGAAGUUCGCCACCGAGGAAGAGCUCGCCGGCCACCACGCCGCGACUGUCCGCGGCGCCAUCGAGGGCGUGCUCGGCGGCCUCGUCCUCUCCCUCCCCGCCUCCUUCUACAUGCAGCGCAACUGGCGCUACUACCGCGCCCUUCCCCCGCACCUCAAGGCGCUCGGCGUCAUCUUCGUCGUCGCCCCGUGCUACGCCAUCCAGGCCGAGCGCCGCGGCGUCGAGUUCGACAAGUCCACCUGGACGGGCGCCGGCAAGGCCGAGCUCGACCGCGAGGAGCGCGUCGAGCAGAGCCGCUGGGAGACGAUGGACGCGCGGACGAAGAUAAAGGAGUGGGCGCUGCGCAACCAGUACAAAAUCAUCGUUGGGUCGUGGGCGGCGUCCAUGGCCGUCGCUGGGGUGAUCGUCAUGCGCGAUCGUUACCAGAGCACCCCGCAAAAGGUCGUGCAGGCGCGUAUGUGGGCGCAGGGCCUCACGAUCGGCGUCCUCAUCGCCGCCGGCGUGCUCACGCAGAGCUCGCGCCAGGCGUCGCACGACAACCGCUCCGUCGACCACUCGUGGGCGAACAUCCUCGCCGAGCAGGAGAAGGAGGAGCGCGAGAACGCCCAGUUCCGCGAGCUUGCGCGCACGCAGGCACCCGCACCCGCGCCCUCGACAUAAUCGUACCCCGGGCCGCGAUUGGAUUCCUUUUGGGCACGACAUGACGACUGUAUCAUCUACGCAUACCACCACCUCCUCCCACGCUCCCUAUUGCAUACAUGUAUCUUAGUACACUCCUAGUCGGGCCGACGUGGGAUCCCUUCAUAUUUACUCUGAACUUAUGGACACUUUGUUGUUCGCAUUCAUCAGACGUCUGAACACCCGCGAGGAAACAUGGUGAUAAUU